CUUGCUCUGGCCACCCUCUUCCUCUGGCAUCCCGCUCCAGACCCGCUGCUCGUCGAUUCCUCUGCUUGCCCAUCGCCCGUUCGUCCAUCCUCCCCCUGCUCCCGCCUGCCACACAUGUCGCUGCCGCGGCCGAUUACGUUCCUGACCAAGAGACUCGUGGUGCUGGUCUUGAUUUCGUUCAUCUUGGCCACCAUCAUCAUCACUCUGAUGGGUCCAGAGCCCAGCAGGCUCUUGCUGGACAAACCCCCGUCGGCCAAACCAGAGACCGUCUUCGCCAACGACCCAAGCUAUCUGUCGCCUUCCAAGAACUUCUCAAACCCCGCCGUUGAUCGCCUGCUGGAUCUGUUCGAGUUCAGCGACGAGGUCCCCUUGAAAGAGAGCGAUAUCUAUGGCCUGUCCAAGCGUUGCAGGCUCUUCCGCGAUCUCUCCAACGUCAUUUACGAUGCUCGCGGUAACCUGCAUCCCGAUGCGGUCUUCCGUGCCGGUGGAAAGGAAAAAGUGAAGAAGGUGGAGGAGGCUCUGGGCAAGAUGGAGGCCUUCCUGUUCCCCUUCUUCCAGAAGGACAAUCCCAUCCAGUCCCUCAAUAGCCUGCUCAAGAGCUACAACAACGAGCGCGGCAUCGUCCUCUCAACCGGAAACUUCCAUUACCGCUACGCCCUCCAUCUGAUCCAAACCAUCCGCUUGGUUUUCAACAGCCACCUGCCUAUCGAGAUCUUCUACUACGGCGACAAAGAUCUCAGUGCCGACAAGAUCAAGGAGCUGGAAAAGGUGUCCCGUGUUCGCGUCAUCGAUCUUUCCAAGCUGGUCAACUCCGUUGGCAUUGGCGGCUGGUCCAUGAAGUCUUUCAUGAUUCUGUUCUCGUCCUUCAGCGAGGUGAUCUUUAUGGACGCCGAUGCCCUGUUCCUGCAAGACCCGGAGGUGGUGUUCCGACAGAAGGGAUAUAUUGAAACCGGCACCCUGCUCUUCCGUGACCGCACCAUGAAGAUGGACGCCGAAUCGGGCAAGCACGCCAACUACGUCCGCAGCAUCAUCCGGGAGCCAUCGGAGUAUGCCCUCCAGGGCCGCAUCUUCCGCAAGCUGAGUGUGCACGAGGGCGAGUCUGGUGUCCUGGUCUUUGACAAGGCCCGCACCUUCCAUGUCCUGCUCCUGCUCUGCAAGAUGAACACGGACUACUUCAAGAAGGAGUUCUAUGACGUCUUUUACGGCGAUAAGGAGACUUUCUGGGUGGCCUUUGAGGCCAUGCGCGUUCCCUAUUUCUUGAACAAGGCUGCCGGCGGCGCCGUCGGUUACCGAAACCCAGAAAACGGCCAUAUCUGCGGCGGGCUCUAUCACCCUGACGAAAACAUGAAACCGCUCUGGUUCAACGGCGGCAUUGUGCCCAACAAGCACUAUGAUGGCGAUGCGCCCAUGCAGCUUACCCACUGGGCGACCGACACCACCUGGGGAAACGUUAUCUGGGACUGGGAGACGUCCACGUCUCCGUUCUGUAUGAUGCCCGUCGACCCGGAAAAAGAGAUUGGAACGAUCGACGGACCUUUCGCCGCGACAGCUAGCGGCCUGGUCAAGGUCUGGAACGAAAACGUCAAACCCCGAAUCGCCUAAUUCUCUCAAGCCGCAGCACGCCUCCUUCUGACAAUCUCCCAGCACCUGCAGUCUCGUGAUACGGAUGCAGAGGGCUCGAAACGUCAUCUCCGAGUCACGAAACCGCAGCGCUGGGCCCGAUGGACGAGCAUGAUCGACAUCUUCAGAACAUGUACGGCACUGCAGCAGGCUCCCUGUGAUCAUACCGGCGGGUGCUGGCGGUCUGAGCCGCGGACUAUUGCCCGCACAAUACACUUUAUACUCGGAAGAAAA